UGACAAACAUGCUUCCUCGCGAUGUUUCGGUAGUGUUUGCUCGUAACAUUGCUUUCUGCGUGAGAAAAUUUACUGUUGCCAGCCGAUUGUCAAUUUCCUAAAUCGCGGCCUCGUUUUCGUUGUCUCGUGCCUCGCUCGUGUCAGAGCCUCGGUCCUGUAUCAAAGUUGUCGUCUGCCUCACACCGAAGCAGACGAGUACAUCUGUGACAAGCAAAAUGAACACUUCUACAUAUAUGAGGAUACAUCCGAAGCUUUUUCAACUUGUAUUAAUUUCUCUGUUUGUUUCUGCUGCCCUGUCACAAGAGACGACUUCAGCGACGGUAACAACGACACAAAGUGGCAACUCCUCCAGAUGGGACUUCAUCCGUUACUUCAACGCCCACAGAUCCGACGAAAAACCCGACCUGACUUAUGACAAGGCGUGGUUCACCAUCAACACCAGUGUCAACUUUGACCUCCAACUAUGGGCACAGACUACACAGUGUUUGCGGUGUCCCUUGCGGCAGAUAGACACGAUCCAUGGCCCUAACACUAGCACCAUCCUCAUCGACACCAAGUGGCCCAUGAGGGUCAAGCUGGCCAGACAGCACCCCACUGACCACGUUGAGGAUAUCUGCAGCUUUGAGCUGCAUUACCGCGAGGCGGGGGACUACUGGCUGUUCCUGGACUACCAGGCCUACAUCGAAGGGACGGCCUGCGACCUGCUGCUGGCUAACGAACCCCUGCCAGCGGAAAUACCCAUACUGUUUACAGUGCUGGGUUUGCUCGGCCUGGCCGGACUGUGGGCCAUCAUUAAGUGUAUUUACAGACGCAGUAGAUCCGCUCCGUGUUUCGGGAAGAGCGCGGACAUCACAGAUCCCCGAGAACACUCAGAAGCCAAUAAUUCCGUGAACAUGGACCCCCUGAGUAAAGCCAAUGGUGAUGUAGAAAACGGAGGCCCCACGAAGGUGACCGAACUGAAGAAAAAGAAGAGACUGCGUUCCCUGGACACAUUCAGGGGCUUGUCCUUGAGCGUAAUGAUCUUCGUGAACUACGGCGGCGGUGGCUACUGGUUCUUUGAGCACCCUCCCUGGAACGGCCUGACCUUGGCUGACCUUGUCUUCCCCUGGUUCAUCUUCAUCAUGGGCACGGCUAUGAACUUCUCGUUCCGGAGCAUGUACAAGCGCGGCAAGACACGGUGUCAGAUCUUCUGGAAGAUUAUCAAGAGGUCCUGUAUUCUGUUCGGUCUGGGAAUCAUCCUGGCUACCUCGUGGGGACCCACGGACCUCACCAAGCUGCGCGUCCCCGGCGUCUUACAGAGAUUCGGCGUGACCUACCUCAUCAUCGCCCUCACGGAGCUCGUCUGUCACCGGAAAGAAGAUUCACACGCGGAUCGCAAGUGGUCGGCUAUCCGUGACAUCGUUCUGUACCUCCCUGCGUGGGUCUUCCACCUGUGUCUCCUGGCCGCGUACCUCGGCCUGACCUUCGGCCUGCCAGUACCCGGAUGUCCCACGGGAUACAUCGGCCCAGGUGGUUUGAGUGACGGAGGCAAGAACUACAACUGUACUGGUGGGGCCGCCAGGCACAUUGAUUACGUGUUGCUAGGCAACAACCAUAUAUACCAGUUCCCCACUCCACAGGAAUUAUAUGAGACACAGGUUCCAUAUGACCCGGAAGGAAUUCUAGGGGUUUUGACAUCGGUUUUCCUUUGCUUUUUGGGAGUGCAGGCUGGGCGCAUCAUCAUCACGUACCAGUCUCACACAGGCCGUAUAGUGAGGUGGCUCAUCUGGGGCGUCGUCACGGGAGCGAUUGCUGCAUUGCUUUGCAAGGGUAGUCAAAACGACGGCUGGAUUCCUAUAAACAAAAACCUAUGGUCGGUGUCAUUCGUGCUGGUGACGGCCAGUUUCGCCUUCUUCCUGCUGUCCGCCAUGUAUGUAUUCAUGGACAUUGUGCACUGGUGGGAAGGCGGGCCGUUCGUAUAUCCAGGUAUGAACUCCAUCGUGGUGUACGUGGGCCACGACCUGCUGUGGCGGCUGUUCCCCAUUAACUGGGAAAUCGAGCACAUCCACUGGAAGCUGCUGCUGCAGGACGUGUGGGGCGCCGGCAUCUGGUGCUUCAUCGCCUACCUCAUGUUCCGCAAGAAGUUCUUUGUUGCAAUUUAAAGGACUUGUCUUGGAAGAGGCACAAUCUUCAAGAAAAGUGCCUUAUCCAUGGCGAGAAAGUUGAAGAACAUUUGUUCCUGUUAAGUGACAUAAGUGUGUUCCACGUUUAUUGUUCAACGAGAUCUUUAUGUCAGUGUAACCCUCGAGGUUUGAGAAUAUGACGAAACGUAAGAACAGAGACCCUUGGAAUAGUUAGGUUUCUAAAGCAUCCUGUAUUACAGGUCACACGACCUUUGGCCAAACAAAAAACAAACAUAUCACUACAUGUUACACGCUGUCAAUCACGAGAGACGUAUCUGUUAGUUCAAAUCUUGUAACGGCUGGUAGUUAUUGGCUGGUAGUUAUUGGCUGGUAGUUAUUGGGCUGGCACCGCAAGUCGUUAGGCGUACCGAAACCCAGGGUCGGGGAUUCGAAUCCCGGUUCGCCAUGGUUACAUGUUUUCGUUUAGCAGCGCCAUAUUUCCUAAACUAGCUUUAUAAUAUAAGAGUGAAUCUUGUUUGACAUUGCCUUUUCCGUGCUGAUGGGUUUAACCAAAGCGGUAAACGGCGUCCUCCAACAUAAAGAUGACACGACUUGAUAUAACAACAACACUGUUCAAACCGGCGUCAAACCGGCCUCACUCACUCACUCACUCACACACUGGCCGUGGUGCAUUAUUUCUCUUUUCAAGCCCUACCGCUCAUUAGGAGUCAUUGUCCUGGUUACCAAACAGAAUACACAUACACAGUACAUCCUUCCAAACUUUACAUCAGAUUAUAAACCAGUUCAACAACGAGUCUUGUUGUGGUACAAAAUGUUCCCUCAACCGUGUGACUGAAGCGUCUGUUCAAUCGUGGCUGCAAGUCUGCUUCGCCGUGCUUCCCUCAUCUUCAUGUCGUCACAACCUCAUUGCGUGGUGUGAUAGUUUCGAGGUGAGGGGAAAUUGGGGUUAACGUCGCGUCCAAGAUUAUUGCACUUAUAUAGCGACGUGCAAGCACGUGUGUGUGUGUGUGUGGCUGCUUGUACUAGUCCGGACUGAUGCUAGCUCACUGAGAUACCAUGCCGCAGUUUAACAUG